AUGCGUCUCUCAGCCCUGUUGGCCUUGGCAUCCAAGGUCACUUUGCCCCCCCACUACCGCCAUGGGAUGAGCCGCCCAGGCACCAUGGCAGCCAAGAGGAGGAACCCACCUGGGAGCAGGCGGCCCCCCGUGCUGGUGGAACCCAUUUCCGACGAAGACUGGCAUCUGUUCUGUGGGGACAGGGUGGAGAUUCUAGAAGGCAAGGAUGCCGGGAAGCAAGGCAAAGUGGUUCAAGUCAUCCGGGAGCGCAACUGGGUGGUCCUGGAGGGGCUGAAUACGCAUCACCGCUACAUCGGCAGGACCGCGGAUUUCCGAGGAACCAUGAUCCCUAGCGAAGCGCCCUUGCUCCACCACCAGGUCAAACUCGUGGAUCCCGUGGACAGGAAACCCACUGAGGUGGAGUGGAGGUUCACCGAGGCAGGCGAGCGGGUCCGCGUCUCCACGAGAUCAGGAAGAAUUAUCCCCAAACCGGAAUUUCCCAGAGCCGAUGGCAUCGUCCCCGAGACAUGGAUCGAUGGCCCUAAAGACACGUCAGUGGAAGAUGCCCUGGAAAGGACCUACGUGCCCCGGCUGAAGACCCUGGAAGAAGAGGUGAUGGAGGCCAUGGGGAUCCAGGAGACUCGGAGGCACAAGAAAGUCUAUUGGUAUUGA